CUUCUAUCUACCCAUCAAAAGAAGGAAAAAAAAAACUCUCGGCUUCCAGGCCCACUCGAUUCAGGUCCCUGAGCUCCCCAGCAUUCCAUCUUCCACAUCGAUGCGACGCUGAAGGGUCACCGAUUAAUCGCAAAAGCGGCAGCAGGGGGAUGACGCAUUGAUUCGCUUGCCGCAUUUCUUCCUCUUUCGGUGUAGGCAAGCCGAUAGGUAAAUAUAUCGAAAAAUGGUGGUGGAGGAAGCCAGAGGCAGGGCUGAAUCUGCGGACAUUGAAGAAAUUGCAAAUGGUAUGGCAACAGACCUAAGUUAUCUUCAAUUAUCUUAUCAGGACAUUGAGGACAAUGACAAUUCAUGCCAGAUUUACCGAGUCCAUCAGCUUGUUCGCCAAGUUGAUAGUUUUGCCUUUGAACCAUUUGUUUUGUCCAUUGGCCCAUAUCACCAUGGAUCUGCCACCUUACAAUUUAUGCAGAGGAACAAAUGGUAUUGCUUGGAUUAUAUUCUUAAAAUGAACUGUACCAAGACGUUGCACGACUAUCUACUUGCUAUUGGUGAUAUAGAGAAUCAAGCAAGAGCAUGUUACUCUAGUGGAAUUGAAUUGGAUAGCAAAAGCUUCAGGCGGAUGCUCUUGCUUGAUGGAUGCUUUAUAUUGGUUUAUCUUAAUGGUAUGAGUGGAGUUAAACGGAUAACUAAGGUGGUGCCUGCAAGUAGUCUGAAACCAGAUGACAGAACUGUAACAGGACUUACACGGCAAGAAGAAAAUAGAUCCUUAGAUAACACUGCACCGAGGAGGGUAGAUACAACACACAAGAUCUUAGGAUCAGUUGACGUCAGCCAAGGUAGUGGAAAAUCUACUCAGUUGCAAGAAGAAUCCUUUGUGCAGUGGUAUGAUACUUUUUUAGUGGUAGAUUUAUUCCUCUUUGAAAAUCAAAUUCCCUUUUUCGUUGUUAAGAAGAUAUUUGAAGUCCUUGUGGGUUCAGGCAUGGAUAGUGUACUUUCAGAAAACGUUGCUAAUUACAUAGAGGAAAAUCUGCGUUAUUUUACAAAGGCAUUUGGUCAAUACAACAAGCCCAAAGAGUUUUGCCAUCUUCUCCAAUUGUGUCACAUGCAUUUUAAACCGAGCACGCCACUAGAGGAAGGGCAUCAUGCAAGACCUCAGUUUGGUGGAUAUUUUGUCAAUAUGGUUUGCAGGUUGUUCAGCAUUGAUCGUAGGGAUGAACAAGAUGAGCAUAACCCAUGGCAUAAUCAGCAAUCCAACUCAUUGCAAGCAGGCCAGCUCAUUCGUUGGCGUCGGGCAACACAAUACCAUGAAGCAGGAAUUGUUUUCAAGAGAAAGGAGUUCGAUGAGCAGAAUGCUCACUCAAUGUUGGACAUUACGUUUAACGAUGGUGUACUUGAAAUUCCGUGCUUACCUAUGGAUGAUAGAACUGGUGCUCUUUUCAGGAAUAUGAUUGCAUUUGAGCAGAGUUGCCCUCAAUAUGGGAAUUGUAUUACUGCUUAUGUCAUUUUCAUGUCUCAGCUAAGCAGCAGGCCUGACGAUGUUACUCUUCUUUCACGACGUGGAAUCAUAGUGCACCAUCUUCAUAGUGAUAAGGUGGUCUCAGCACAGUUUACUAGGUUAACUAAAGGUGUGGUGUUCGAUUUCACAGGCGAUUUCUACCUAAAACCAAUAUGUUGCAGGAUGGAAAUGUAUUGCCAGAGUCGCCUUCACAGGUGGAUAGCAUGGUUGAGGCAUAACCACCUGAGAAAUCCAUGGUUGAGCUUAACACUGCUUGCUGGAUUACUUGUUCUAUUUUGCACGAUUGCACAGACAGUGCUAACUGUGCUUUCUUUUAGGCGACAACUAUAAUGCUACUAUAGUGCCAACAGAUAGUGGACAGGAGAGUAGA